AUGCCUAAGGAUCAAAAGUCAAAGAUUCCGCAAAGCUCAGGUGAAAGUGCGCAUAGCCCUAUAUGGUCCGUAACCCGUCGACAGCGUACCGAGCUCUCACCACGGCGAGAUGAUGAAACCGGAACAACGCAGUCAUUUAGUUCACGGACAGUAACUACUACCGAACGUAUACAGAUGAUCCCAGUUCCACUCAACUUUGAUGUACCGGUGGAUGUCCUAACACCGAUAG